AUGGAUGAGGGAUUAUCAAGAAAGACUAAAAUGAAUUCUUCUUGGGUCGAUGCCCGAGCGGUUAAUGGGGACGGACUAUUACUUACAUAUUUUUUCCACAAAUUCGGAUUUUGCAAAACACCUAUUGGGAUCUAUAAUAUAGUAGAAAGAAAUAGAUUUGAAAUCACUGCUUAUAUAUCCGGACCGAUUAUUGGACCUGAAUACGCUGGUCCUUUUGGAAUUCUUCAAGCUCUAGCAGACGGAACAAAACUACUAUUCAAAGAGAAUCUUAUUCCAUCUAGGGGAGAUAUUCGUUUAUUCAGUAUUGGACCAUCCAUAUCAAUAAUAUCAAUUCUAAUAAGUUAUUCAGUAAUUCCCUUUGGCUAUAACUUUGUUUUAUCUGAUUUCAAGAUAGGUGUUUUUUUAUGGAUUGCUAUUUCGAGUAUUGCUCCCAUUGGACUUCUUAUGUCAGGAUAUGGCUCAAAUAAUAAAUAUUCCUUUUUGGGUGGUCUACGAGCUGCUGCUCAAUCGAUUAGUUAUGAAAUACCAUUAACUCUAUGUGUCUUAUCAAUAUCUUUACGAUUAUCUAACAGUUUAAGUACAGUUGAUAUAGUUGAUGCGCAAGCAAAAUAUGGUUUUUGGGGUUGGAAUUUGUGGCGUCAACCUAUGGGUUUCAUCGUUUUUCUAAUUUCUUCGCUAGCAGAAUGUGAAAGAUUACUUUUUGAUUUACCAGAAGCAGAAGAAGAAUUAGUAGCUGGUUAUCAAACAGAAUACUCAGUUCUUUACUUGGGCGGUUCAAAUAUCUCUAUUCUGUACAUAUUUGUUUCUGAAUUUUUUGAAAUAAAUAAAACAUACGGAGUUUUUGGAACUACAAUUGAUCUCUUUAUUACAUUAGCUAAAAGCUAUUUUUUCUUAUUUGUUUCUAUCAUAACAAGAUGGUCUUUGCCUAGGCUAAGAAUGGAUCAAUUAUUAAAUCUUGGAUGGAAAUUUCUUUUACCUAUUUCUCUCGAAAGAAAUAAAACAAAACUAUUCAUAGAUAUUUACGAUAUGUUCCUUAUGGUAACUGGGUUCAUGAAUUAUGGUCAACAAACAGUCCGAGCUGCAAGAACGUUUCCGCAUGAAGUAAUGGCGGGUGAAUUAGUAGAAUUUGAAGAAAGUAUAGUAGGCAUUGCUUUGAAUUUGGAAUCAAAAAAUGUUGGUGUUGUAUUAAUGGGUGAUGGUUUGAUGAUACAAGAGGGAAGUUCCGUAAAAGCAACAGGAAGAAUUGCUCAGAUACCGGAAACUCUCAAGUACGGUUCUAAGGGAAGGAUUUUACUCACCUAUUCCGACCGCGGAGAACAGGCCAUUCGACAGGGAGAUUCUGAAAUUUCAGAAUCUUGGUUUGAUCAAGCUGCUGAAUAUUGGAAACAAGCUAUAGCCCUUACCCCUGGUAAUUAUAUUGAGGCACAGAAUUGGUUGAAGAUCACAGGGCGUUUUGAAUAA